AUUUUAGCAAUGAAGUCAUACUUAAUCCUCUUACUCUUGCUUGUCUUUGUUACACAAGCUGACGAUGAAACUUGCUUGCAAAAAUUUAAUACCUUAUUGAGGUAUAAUACUUCAAACGACAAAUUAAUGGAUGAUAGACCCUACAUCUUUCAUGUCUCAAUGGCGAAGCACACUCAUGAUUUAGGGAAUUAUCAGUUCUGUUCUGAGAAUGGUUUAGCUCAUAAUUUAAAGUACUCGCUCCUUGCCUUGAGAGUCUCAGAUAUCAGAGGAAAUGAUAGGUUUGUCUACAGAGGAAAUUGAGUUCCAGAUACUUGAACUACUAAAGAAAUAGAAGUUGCUUUUGAAGAUAUGAUGAUAAAUCAAUAUAGAAGCACUUUUGAGGAGAGUAAAAAUCUUACUACUACCUUCCCUCAAGAAGAGAUUCCUUCUAUAAAUGUUGGAACCAUAUUGUUUCUGAUCUUAUGAGGAGUGAUUCUAAUCCUAGUAAUCUUUGGAACCAUUGUUGACAGGACUAGUUGCUUUGAAAAUCCUGAUUAUCAAAGACCCAUCUUCAACCCAGAACAAGAUGAACCAAUUGAGGAUACAUCAAAUGAUCAUCUGAAAAAGACUAAAAUGGGGAACUUUCUAUCGAGUUUCAGUAUUCCUAGAAACUUCAAUAGGAUCUUCUAUGAACCGUUUGGAAUGCAAAAAGAGCUCCGGAUCUUUAACGGAGUGUAUGUAUACUCUCUCAUCCUUGUAAUCCUGAACAAUACGUAUUUCAUCAGCUCUAUGUAUGGAAUAGUUGAGACCUCCAGAUUCUCUAAAGAAAGAGCCAGCAUUUUCCAUUUCUUUUUGCUCAGACUUCAUCUUGUAUACGAACUUUAUUUCUUCUCAAUAGGGUUUAUUUGCUGCAUUAAGAUAUGGUCAAUGCACUAUUUGACGAAUUAUAAUGGUGUCAUGUUCUUUGAAAUUUUUAAACUGAUAUACAGGAGAUGGUUCCCGAUGGCAUUUAUUCUUCUUUAUUCUGUGUUUGUAUUCCAGUUUACUGGCAGUGGCCCUCUUUUUCAGUUCUGAUAUAACAACUGGAUAAUUGGAACUGAAGACUAUCCUCAUUGAAGCAGAUAUUGGUAUGUUCCAUUGGUCUUUGGAGCAAGCAUUUUUAAUCCAAAUGUAGGCUCUCAUUGACUUAGCUGGUUAUGGAUUGUCUCAAAUGAAGUUAUAUUUUUCAUCAUUCUAAUAGCUAUCUUUUAUCUUUACAGAUUCAAAAGAUGGCUAGGGUAUGGCUUACUCAUUUUCCUCAUUGGGGCAAGCAUUGUAUCAACUUUCUUAUUUGCUUAUUUUUCUGAUUUUAUUUACAGAACAGAGGUAUCAAGAAAGUAUUCUGCUCAGCUAAAGAUAAAUCCUCUAAACUCGUCGAGCAGUUUCCUACUUGGUGUAUUCUUUGCUCUAAUGUGGUUCUCAUAUAAAAAUGGAAGAAAUGCCUAUCAUCAGAUAGGUAUUAUCAACCAAAUUUAUUCAAAACUAUUAAAGAAGAAAUUAUUGAGAAUUCUUUUAAUGAUUGGAGGAGCAGUUCUUUGUAUUGCUAUAUUUUUCAUUCCCUUCCCAUUAUUCAAUGCUGAGCAAGGAACUGUGAAAGCUAUAUUCAUACAAAUAUUAAUAUCGAUAGAGAGACAACUCUUCACUAUUGGGAUAAUUCUGUUCCUAACUCCUUGAGUUCUUGGAAAAGCAAGAGCUUUUAGAUCCGUUCUUGGAAACAGAGCCUUAAUCCCUAUAGCAAGAUUGACAAAUGCAGCUUUAUUGGUACAUGGAGUUAUCUUAAUGUGGUAUUUCUUUGGAAAAUAUCAAAUUCUUAGAAUAAAUGCUAGUGUGGUCAACAUGUCAUUUAUAGCUCUAUCUCUUCUAUCUUAUGUCACAGCAGUAGCCUUUGCUCUAAUCAUAGAAACACCUUUAAUCACAAUGGAGACUCUCCUUUGGUGCCCAAGAAAAAGAAGAUAUCUUAGGGAUACUCUGGCGAACUUGGGAGAUAAUAGGUACGAGAGUUUUAAAUCAGCCAAGCUUCAGAGAGAAAAUGAAGACAACAGUGAUAGUGGAACAAAAGACUCAAACAAAGAAGUACCUCUCUACCCAACCACUAAAAUCAAAGACAUCAAGCCUACGAAACUAAAUAUAAUCAGAAGAUCAAAUUCUCUCGACGAUGAAUUAGACUCCAACUCUAAAAACCCUCCUUCCAAGACCCUCCUAAACGAAAGCGACGAUUCCAAACCCUACACAAGUUUCAAAGAACCCUUCAUCCCCAGUACUCAGUACUAA